AUGGCGUCCGCAGACCAAGCCCCGGUGGGCGACCAGCAGCUCAACGCCAUCUUUUCUGGGCUCAAGUCUCGUAGCGCAGACACUCGUAUGCAGGCUGCGGAGGAUCUCAAGCGAUUCGUUCAAGUAUCGUAUGCCGAAAUGACCUCAGACGCAGCUGCAAAGCUAUGGGACGACCACAUCAACAGACGACUAUUCGCCUUGAUUCACAGCCAGAACAUUAACGAAGCAUUUGGUGGACUGUUGGGAAUAGAACGCCUCUUAGAACUCGACCUCGAGGAAACCAUCGAAUCGAAGCGCAACCACUUCCGAUUCUACAACUAUGUGAAGCACCUCCUCCCCAACCCCGACGUGCACUUGAUGAUGGCGGCUUCGAAGACAUUGGGAAAGAUUGCAGAGAUUGGCGGCGGUGUGGCCUUUGGCGAGAGGUUUAUGGAAUACGAAAUCCCAGCGGCUAUCGAGUUGAUGCAACCCGACAAACAAGAAGCCCCACGAUAUGCGGGUGUCCUGAUCUUGAAGGAACUGGCCAGGAAUAGCCCAACGUAUUUCCAUCCGCAUAUUGGGAUUGUGUUCGACAACAUAUUGCUGCCACUCCGAGACCCGCGACUGCAUGUGCGAGAGGGUGCCGCCGACCUGCUCGCUAAUUGCUUGGAGAUUGUGUGUAGUCGGGAGAGGCAAACAAGGAACCCGUACCUUUACAAGAUCUUGCAAGACGCUCAGGCGGGCCUCAAGAGUUCGCAGCCGGAGGUUAUCCACGGGUCGUUGGCUGCGUACCGGGAGUUGUUGCUUCACGCUGGGAUGUUCAUGCAAGAGAACUUUUUGGAUACAGCAGAAGCCAUCCUUCGCUUCAAAUCAUCUCGAGAUCCUCUGGUCCGUAGGAUGGUUAUUACCAUGAUCCCGACUCUGGCAGCGUACGACACCCAAACCUUCACCGAGCACUUUUUGCACAAGGCCAUGGCCCAUCUUCUUACACAGCUCGACAAAGCACCUGAGCGGAACUUCGCUUUUAUCGCCAUCGGCCAUACUGCACUUGCUGUGGGCAGUGAUAUGAAACCAUUUUUGGAUCCCAUCAUGGACAAUGUGAGGUCGUGCCUACAGAAUAGAGGGCGAAAGAAUGCGCCCUCGGAAGAGCCAAUAUUCCAGUGCAUUGGGAUGUUGGCAGCCGCCGUCGGUCCCAACCUUACAAAGUUACUGCAUGACCAGCUAGACUUGAUGCUUGCAUGUGGUUUGAGCGAACCAUUGAGCCAAGCUCUGGCAGCCAUCGCCAAGUACAUCCCUCCCCUGCUCAAGACAAUCCAAGAUCGCCUCCUCCAACUCUUGUCCAUGCUUCUGAGUGGGCAACCCUAUCGACCGCUCGGUGCACCGGCGCCUUUAGGUCGUAACGAAUUCCCCGCUCCGCCCAACCAACUGACAGCCACUCAAAUGACGACGACCGACAAGAACUCCGAACUCAUCACUCUGGCUUUAAAGACCCUCGGAACGUUUGACUUUAGCGGUCACGUUCUUAACGAGUUCGUUCGCAGCUGCGCGUUGCCUUAUUUAGAAGACGACAACCCUCAAGUUCGCUGUGCGGCGGCAGAGACCUGCUGUACCUUGUUCAUCAAGGAUCCCAUUUGUUACCAAGCGAGUAGCCAUGCUAUCGAGGUCAUCAGCGAUGUUCUGGAUAAGUUGCUCACUGUUGGCAUCGCUGAUCCGGAUCCUGGCAUCCGUAAUGUCGUCUUGCGAGGGCUCCACGAACGGUUCGACAAGCAUCUCGCUCAAGCUGAAAACGUUCGAUCCCUGUUCAUUGCACUGAAUGACGAGGUCAUGGCCAACCGAGAAGCAGCCGUUGGCCUCAUCGGGCGACUUGCCAAACACAACCCUGCAUACGUUAUGCCUUCCCUCCGUAAAGCCCUCAUUCAACUUCUAACCGAGUUGGAGUACUCGACCGUGAUGCGCAAUCGAGAGGAUUGCACUCGGCUCUUGACUCUGCUGGUCAGUGCGACCCAGCGACUCAUUAAACCUUACGCCAUUCCUAUGUUGCGCGUGCUCCUUCAGAAGGCGAACGACCCCAAUCCCGCCGUGGCGGCAAACGUUCUCAUGUGUCUCGGAGAGCUGGCUUGUGUUGCGGGCGAGGAUGCUAUGCCCCACGUCCAAGAGCUCAUGCAGAUCAUCCUUGCCAAACUGGCCGACCCCCAAACGUUGAAACGUGAUGCUGCACUUCAUGCGUUAGGUCAGGUCUGCUCCAGCACGGGCUAUGUCGUCCAGCCUCUGCUUGACCAUCCUCAACUUCUUCCGCUGCUCGGAAGAAUCAUGCGAACAGAGACCUCGGUUCAAACUCGGCGAGAAGUUGUGAAGGUCUUGGGCAUUCUCGGUGCCCUUGAUCCCUACCGACGAAAGUCGAGGCCGGAUGAGGAUGUUGCAUCGAAUGCGGAGACUUCGGUUGCUGCAGUAAAUCAAGUCCCCAUUAAUCCACACCCUACGUCGUCAUCAUCGGACGAUUACUUCCAGACUGUGGUUAUCACGUCCUUGCUCGCAAUUCUGAAGGAUCAGUCUCUCAGCAGCCACCACCAUACCGUAAUCGAAGCCAUCAUGUCGAUCUUCAAGACCCAAGGAUUGAAAUGCGUGACCUUCCUUCCCCAAAUUAUUCCCGCCUUCGCUGCUAUUACUCGGACAUCCAUCGCCCGACUCCAAGAAUUCCAUCUGCAACAGUUGGCCAUUCUCGUCGGCAUCAUCAAACAGCACAUUCGCAACUAUACUCUGGACGUGUUUAGCUUGAUCACUGAACUUUGGGACAACGUUACCCUGCAGCUGCCAAUCGUUGCGCUCAUUGAGGCUCUAGGAAAGGCGCUGGAUGCUGAAUUCAAGCCCUUCCUUCCGACUAUCCUACCUCUCGUCCUCAAGGUAUUCGACGGGGACACGAGCGAUAAACGGAUUGCGGUUCAGAUCAAGAUCUUCGACGCAUUCCUGACCUUUGGAGCUAACAUCGAAGAGUACCUGCACCUCGUUAUCCCGAUUAUUGUCAAGUCCUAUGAGCGGUCAGACGCGCCAUCUUCUCUGCGAAAACGCGCCAUACAGACCAUUGACGGUUUGUCUCGGAGGGUCAAUUUCUCUGACCACGCCUCUCGCAUCAUUCACCCCAUGGUUCGCGUUCUGGAUGGCAAUAACAAUGAGUUGCGCAUGGCUGUCUUCGACACAUUGUGCUCCCUCGUUGCACAGCUUGGCUCCGAUUUUGCUAUCUUUGUGCCCACUAUCAACAAGGCAACUUUGCGCAACCGCAUCUCCCAUCCGCGAUACGAGAACUUGGUUUCCAAGCUCUUGAACGGAGAAAGUCUCCCUUCCGAAGCUGGCGGCAUGGAUUGGAUUCAAGCCGAAAAUUCCAAGGCCCAAGAAUUCCAAGCUCCGGCAGAGGCGCCCAAGAUGACUGUUAACCAGCAGCACCUCAAGCAGGCAUGGGACGUGUCUCAGGUUACCACCAAAGACGAUUGGCUUGAGUGGAUGCACCGCCUGAGUGUGGAGUUUAUGAAGGAAUCGCCUUCGCAUGCUCUGAGGGCUUGUAUGACGCUUGUCGAUAUACACCAACCUCUCGCAAAGGAGCUGUUCAACGCUGCCUUCCUCUCUUGCUGGACAGAGCUCUACGACCAAUACCAGGAGGAUUUGGUUCGAUCCAUCGAGUUCGCCAUCACAUCGACUACAGCACCUCCCGAACUGAUUCACCGCCUCUUGAACUUGGCAGAGUUCAUGGAACACGAAGAGAAACCCCUUCCCAUUGAGCAUCGCACUCUGGGAGAGUACGCCAACAAGUAUAUGGCCUACGCAAAGGCCUUGCACUACAAGGAGAUGGAGUAUUUUGCCGAGUCGUCACCCGCCGUUAUCGAGUCCCUCAUCUCAAUCAACACCAAGCUGCAGCAACAUGAUGCAGCUUGGGGAACCCUACUCCACGCUCGGGAGCAGUACGAUGUCACCAAGCAUGAAGAGUGGUAUGAAAGAUUGGGGCGGUGGCAAGAGGCACUGCAGGUCUACGAUCGGAAGGCGAUGGAGGACCCAGACUCACCCGAGGUGAAGAUUGGUCGAGUAAAGUGUUAUCACGCUUUGGGUGAAUGGGAAUUGCUUGCUGCCCAAGUCCAGGAGAACUGGGCCAACGCAACCAACGAGGAACGACGUGAGAUGGCACCCAUGGCCGCGGCUGCUGCGUGGUCCCUGAAUGACUGGGACUCGAUGGACAACUACAUCGGUACCAUGAAAAAUGACUCGCCGGAUCGCGCGUUCUACAGGGCUAUCCUUUCUGUCCACCAGAACCAGUUCUCCAAGGCACUUGCUCAUAUUGCUAAGGCGAGAGAGCUGAUCGACCCCGAAUUGAGUUCCUUCACAGGAGAGGGGUACGGCAGAUCAUACAAUGUCAUGGUUCGGGCCCAGAUGCUUUCCGAGCUUGAAGAAAUCAUUGCCUACAAACAAUACGCAGAUCAGCCCGAAAGGCAGGCGACGAUGAGAAAGACGUUGCAAGGAUGUCAGCCAGAUGUCGAGGUCUGGCAACGUAUCCUCCAAGUCCGCACAUUAGUCUCUAGCCCCGAGCAAGAUCCUGUUAUGUGGAUCAAAUUCGCCAACCUUUGCCGCAAGAACGAUCGGAUGAUGCUCGCUGAGAAGACUAUCAACUCCCUGCUGACUCCUGAAAGGAGAAUGCUCGAUCACCACCAUCACCAUAAUACCAAAGCACCCCCCAACGUCGUCUAUGCUCAACUGAAGUACAUGUGGGCCAAUGGUGAAAAAGAAGAGACCUUGAACCACCUCAGGCUAUUCACCGCCAGCCUGGCCAAGGACAUCCAGCAAGAAACGAACGAGCAGGGACAUAGACCAAACGUGUCGAAGUCAAAGUUGGCAGAACUCACAAAACUGUUGGCCAGGUGCUACUUCAAGCAAGGAGAGUGGCAGAUGGAAUUAAAGGAUGACUGGGACGCGAGGAACGUCGAGGAUAUCCUCCAUUCGUACUACUAUGCUACUCAUUAUGACCCCGGGUGGUACAAAGCAUGGCAUACGUGGGCUUUGGCCAACUUUGAGGUCAUUAGCCACAUCGACACAUUGGCAGAGAAUCGGGCUACAGACAUCCCUGGAGAUUCGCUGGCAUCCCAUGUCGUGCAAGCAGUAACAGGUAAACCUCCCUUCGUAGCCGUCCUUGACGCCAUGUUGAUAUUAGGCAAAGGUUUCUUCCGAUCAAUAUCUCUCCGCAACCAGGAUGCCCUGCAGGACACUUUGCGAUUACUGACCCUCUGGUUCAAAUACGGUCACCACGACGAAGUCAGUCAUUCCAUGGCAAACGGCUUUUCGACAGUUGAAGUCGACACCUGGCUGGAAGUCAUUCCUCAGAUUAUUGCCCGCAUUCAAACGCCACAUGCUAACAUUCGCCGAAACAUCAACAACCUGUUGACUGACGUCGGCAAGCAUCAUCCUCAGGCCUUGAUUUAUCCAUUGACCGUGGCUUCUAAAUCCUCGAGUUCGGCACGUCGAACUGCUGCCAUUCAAAUCAUGGAGCGGAUGAAAGACCACAGCUCGACAAUUGUUACUCAGGCCCUCCUUGUCAGCAAGGAACUGAUCCGUGUUGCAAUCCUCUGGCACGAAAUGUGGCAUGAAGGCUUGGAAGAGGCUUCUCGCCUGUACUUCAACGACAAAAAUCCUGAGGGUAUGAUCAUGGCUCUUGAGCCGUUGCACAAGUUGUUGGAGAAGGGACCAACGACUGCGCGUGAAACCUCAUUUGCACAAGUCUUCGGGCGAGAACUUGCAGAGGCCCGUGAAGCCUGCAAGAGAUACCAGAUCUACGGUGAUCCUACGGAGCUCGACAAAGCCUGGGAUAUCUAUUACGGCGUCUUCAAAAAGGUCGAGAAGCAACUCCCAUCACUGACAACCCUUGAUCUGCAAUAUGUGUCGCCAAGUCUGCUCAAGGCUAGGCACUUGGACCUCGCGGUACCCGGCACAUAUCAAAGCGGUCGUCCAGUCAUUACAAUUGCCAGCUUCGCCACAAAAUUGACAGUCAUUGCAUCCAAACAACGGCCCAGGCGACUGUCAUUGAAGGGGAGCGACGGACGAGACUACCAAUACGUGUUGAAAGGACAUGAGGACCUUCGUCAAGAUGAACGUGUGAUGCAGCUUUUCAGCCUGGUCAACACCCUACUCUCCGUCGAUACCAACAGUUUCAAACGCCGCCUUCAUAUCCAACGAUAUCCUGUCAUCCCGCUGGCACCGAACGCCGGUUUGUUGGGUUGGGUCCAAGACAGUGACACUCUCCACGUUCUCAUCCGUGAUUACCGCGAGUCAAGAAAGGUUCUCCUGAACAUCGAGUAUCGCCUGAUGCUCCAAAUGGCUCCUGAUUACGAGAACUUGAUGCUCCUCCAGAAGGUUGAGGUCUUUGAAUACGCUCUGGAAAACACCACGGGUCAGGAUCUCUAUCGAGUGCUGUGGCUGAAGAGCACCAACUCGGAACACUGGCUCGAGAGGCGUGCCACCUAUACCCGAUCGCUCGCCGUCAAUAGUAUGGUCGGCCAUAUCCUGGGACUCGGUGACCGCCACCCGUCCAAUCUGCUUCUGGAACGCAGCACAGGGAAAGUCGUUCACAUUGAUUUCGGUGACUGUUUCGAAGUCGCCAUGCAUCGAGAGAAAUUCCCGGAAAAGGUUCCAUUCCGCCUAACGAGGAUGCUGACACACGCGAUGGAAGUCAGUGGAAUUGAAGGAAGCUUCAGGAAUACAUGCGAGAUUACAAUGACUGUCCUGAGGGAUAACAAGGAGUCGUUGAUGGCCGUCCUUGAAGCGUUCGUUUACGACCCGUUGAUCAACUGGAGGUUGAUGCAGGCCGACGUGGAAGUUAGACGGCCAGAUGCGGAUGUUGAACGCGUCCCUGAACUUGGCCGAGUAGCUGCGCAUCCCCAAGCUCCUAACAGGAAGCUUAAGGCCGAUGAAAACGACAUCUUCAAUGAAACGGAGGAAGAGCCGGGAGCACAGGAGGUUCGAAACGAGCGAGCACUAUUCGUGUACAAUCGCGUUCAGCACAAGCUCACGGGCCGAGACUUUAACCCCACCCAGGUCCUCAGUGUCAAGGCCCAGGUGGAGAAGCUCAUUGAGCAAGCAACUUCUUUGGAAAAUCUGUGCCAGUGUUUCUCUGGUUGGUGUGCCUUCUGGUAA